AUGUAUCUCCCCGCAUCCACCCCCACCCCUCACCCUCUUGACCCAUUGCACGCGGGUGAGAUCAAAGCCGCGUCUACGGCCAUCUUGCAAUACCUAAAUGUCACGACCAAAGAUGUUCGUUUCAAGGUCAUUGAUCUUUACGAGCCCUCCAAGAAUGAGACUCUGAAGUACAUUCACCACGGCGCCCCGGCCCCCGAUCGCCGAUCCCGCGCCUACUUUCACCGAUUGAAGAACCCUGUUCUUACGGUUGCUAUUGUCAACAUUACCAAGGGAGUGGUUGAAAAUAGCUACGAUGCACCCAACUCUCAAGGCCCUGUCGAUUGGGUCGAUUCCCGCAUUGAGAAUGACCCGUGGAGUUUUGGAACCGAUGACCAUAACGAGCGCCGCCGUCUCUUCCAGUGUUACAUGUAUCUUGCCCUGAACGAUGACCCCCAGGCCAACCACUACUCCAUUCCUCUACCUUUCGCUCCUAUUUUCGACGGCCAUACUCUGGAGCUGAUCGACCUACAGCGACUGCCUACCGGUGCCUCUGAUGAAAUUGAUGAGGAAACCCGGCCCUGGGAUCCUACCAGCGCCGUAGAAUAUAGCGCCGAUCUCAUGGGUCCUGAUUAUUUCCGCAAGGACGUCAAACCUCUACAGGUGGUUCAACCACAUGGGCCUUCUUUUACCAUACAAGAACGCCAUAUUAAGUGGCAGAAGUGGUCUUUUCAGCUCGGAUGGAACAUGCGUGAAGGGCCUGUUCUUCACGAUGUUCGUUAUGACGGACGUUCUCUAUUCUACCGUGUCUCCAUGAGUGAGAUGACCGUUCCAUAUGGCGAUCCCCGCUCGCCCUAUCAUCGCAAACAAGCAUUCGACUUGGGGGGAUUCUGGAUUCGGUCUCACCUCCAACUCCCUAAGCUUGGGCUCGGUGAUCCUGUUAUCAUGCCCAACGUUGUCUGCAUGCACGAAGUUGAUGACGGAAUUGGCUGGAAGCACACUAACUUCCGCAAUGGGAAGUCUUCCGUUGUGCGCGACCGCCAGCUCGUUGUUCAGUGCACUGCCACCGUCGCAAACUACGAGUAUAUCCUUGCUUUCGUUCUCGACCAGGCGGCCAGUCUACAUGUUGAUGUCCGUGCCACAGGUAUCGUUUCUACAAUGCCAAUCAAUAAGGGAGUUCACGUUCCUUGGGGCACAACUGUGGCCCCCGGUGUGCUAGCAGUCAAUCACCAGCAUCUCUUUUGUCUUCGUAUCAACCCUUCACUCGAUGGGCGCACCAACACCGUCGUUUAUGACGACUGCAUUCCCGUGGAAAACGAGCCCCAACUUGACCCGUUUGGAUGUGCAUUCAAGGUCAAGCAAACAACAAUUCAAAAACCUGGCGGAUACAACCUUGACCUGACCCAGAACCGCACCUUUAAGAUCUUGAACGAGUCUAAGCUCAACUGCAUUGCAAACCAGCCCGUCGGCUACAAGUUACAUCCCGUUCCCAGUCAAAUGUUAAUGAUGGGACCUUCGACAUUCAACCUCAAGCGCGGUAUCUUCACUACUAAGCCUAUCUGGGUCACCAAAUACCGAGAUCAUGAGCUCUGGGCCUCGGGCGAGUUUACUAAUCAAAGCAGAGAGGACACUGGAUUGGCCAAAUGGGCUGCUCGUGACGAGAAUAUUAAGAAUGAAGAUGUCGUGCUCUGGCAUAGCUUUGGUGUUACACAUAUCACUCGAACGGAAGAUUUUCCUGUGAUGCCCACUGAGAAGAUGAUGGUGUCACUGAAGCCCGUUAACUUCUUCGAUAUUAACCCAUCCAACGACGUGCCACGAUCCAACCAAAACGAAAAUAAAUCCACGCUCCACCAAAAUGAUUCUUCGUGCUGCUCCACUCGCCCUUCUCGCAUAUGA